CGCGGGGCAUGGCCAUGGCCGAGCCCCCUACAAGGGCCGAAGUGGCAAGCUGAACCUUUUCCGAUGCUUGCGUGAAAUUGUCGAGGAGGCUGUGACAGACACAGAGUGCGGAAAAUUGAACGGCGGCCUAGUCUCCCGUGACAGUCUGUCUCUGACCUUGCCUGGCAGUGUGAAGGAGCCGGAAGUGGAGGAUCCCGAGAUCCCCCCCAAGGUCCAGAAAGGAACCACUCAGCCCCUGCCCUAUCACUGUCACAAUAUGUCAGAUAGAGCGAAGAAGCAUGCACAGUGGAAGAAUGCGGAGCACAACAAAAACUUUAUGUCAGCAUCUCGUGUGGUUGAAAUUCUCUCACAGGCAAGCCUGGUGGAGAAGAUCGCACGUAGCAAAUGCUUUGAAUGGUUCAGCUGCUGCAUCAUUGUCCUCAACAGCAUCUUCAUCGGAUGGCACACUCAGGUUCUGGCAACAGGUGCCAUUCAGAGGGCCAAUGCCAACCUACAGCCUGAGAUGGAAGUGGACGGAGGCAUCGUUUUGAUCCAGGGUCUUUUUACAUCGCUCUUCAUAUCUGAGCUUUGCAUUCGCUGGGCUGCUGAAGGAUUGAAAGACUUUUGGAUGUCCAAUGAUGUUGGCUGGAAUCUGCUGGAUUUGCUGUGCUGUGUCAUUGGCCUCCUGGACGUCAGUGUUGAGCUUGUGAUCCGAAACACUGGGCGCUUAGAUGAAGGAAAUCCCUUGCGGGGGGUGACGGUGGUUCGGGUGCUUCGCAUUGUUCGCAUUGUUCGGGUGGUUCGUGUGAUCCGGAUCAUGAAGUUCUUCAAGGAGCUGAGGAUGAUGAUUUUUUCCACUUUGAACAGCUUGCAGUCCGUGGUGUGGAUUUUCUUCUUUUUGUUUGUCCUGUUCUAUAUGUUUGGCAUCGCCUUUACCUCUAGCGUUGUGAACUUCCUGGACACACUUGAACGGAGACAAGAUCCAGCAUACUCUUCCUUGCUGAAAUAUUUUGGUUCCCUGGAUGUGUCCAUCCUCACCCUGUACAUGUCCAUGACUGGUGGCCAAAACUGGGGGGUUUUCUACGAAGCCUUGAAGACAGUGCCUGGUGGUGAAGUGUCAUGUAUUCUCUUUAUCCUGUACGUCACAUUUGCUCUCUUUGCUGUGGUCAACAUUGUAACUGGUGUCUUCGUUGAUACAGCACUGCAAUCCAGCAAGGAUGACCGUGAGGUUGCUGUCCAGGACGAAGUGGAACACAAGAAGUCGUACCUGAACCACUUACGGGAACUUUUUGAGGCGAUAGACGUGUCAGCCGAAGGCAUGAUAUCACGUGACACCUUGCAACAUGCUUUCAAGCAUGAGACAAUUGUCGCGUACUUCAACUCCCUGAAGAUCGAUGCUCCCGAUGCAAAAACCCUCUUCGACUUGCUUGAUUACGACCAGUCUGGGGAAAUCGAUUUGGAGGAGUUUCUGCAUGGCUGCUACAGCUUGCACGGUGAUGCGUCGCACCUUGAAGCAAAGAUUCUACAGAUGGAAGUAAGGUUUGUGAAGGAAAUGUUGAUGCAGUUGAUGGAUGACUUCCAAGAUCUGCGGAAGAGACGUUUGCGGCGCCCUUCGACAGACAGGGUCGACAAGGGGGACCGAAGCCACACCAGCAAAGGACUUCACUGACGCAGUGAUCAUGGUCCAAAUGUCGUUGAUAUUUUUGUCAAGUGAGCCAGGAGCUGCACUUUGAAGCUAGUCUUAGCAUACAUGUAUAAUGCAAAUGGCCCACAGGCAUCACUGCAUCCGUUGAAGUCUUGAUUCUUGGACUUGUUGAUGGUUUCUCCGAGUUUCUCCAUUGAGUGAUGCUCAGUGGUGUUCAGUACAAGAUCAUUCACUCAUAUUCACUCUAUGAGCUCCAUGAAUCUUGACCCGUGCCUUGAUCCCAGUGAGCCAAUUUUGUUCCGAUAGCACCGUCUCGCAAUGAGUGGUGUCAUGGCCCGCCCAGACCGCCAUGGCUGCCGAAGGCAUGCCAACUGGCCCAUACUGGCCCUGUACUAAAUCUGUACAGCUCUGCGAAACGCAGUGCUUUGGCUAUAGAUCGCAUUGCAGCAAUUGUUGGUUUGACCCAACUUUGUUUUACUGGAUUUUUUUGCAACAGUCUGUUCGACAUGAAUGUCAAAACUUCAUGUUUCAAUUGCACCGGAAAAAA